UGGGACUCACCUUCACUCUGCCAUGUCUGGUGAGCAACUGAGACGUUAUAGGUCAUAGAUGAUUGGUGGUUUUAUAAAGCAUUAUACGUUAUACUUUUUAAUUGUAUAGUCUUUUGCACAUUUUUUUUAGCAGGGUAAGGGUUGGUAAGUCAAUACCGAGUAACUCCACAAUCCUUAGUUUACUCAAUAGUACUACUCUUCUACGUAACAUUGCUGUGACUGUUCUUUUGCAAACACCCAUUAUAAUCAAUGUAGAGAAUAAAUUCUCCAGUCUAGGAGACCUUUUGAGGAGAUGAUUAUUAUUCCACUUCUACCCACCACAGCUUCCGCAUCACCAAAAGAAUGGCUGCGACCUUUGUCACCGGCGGCUUGGGACUAGGCCUAGGAGCAGUGGGAGCAGCAGCGCUUGCAGGAGCCGUUAAACUAGGCCUAGCAGCGAAGGCAUUCCUCCUCCACAGGGGUGGUGGAUAUGGCGGAGGUGGAUAUGGCGGAGGUGGAUAUGGCGGAGGGUACGGGGGCUACGAAGGAGGAGGGUUUGGCCGCCGGAAGCGUUCUGCUGAAGACGAGUCGGAGGCCCUUGCGAGGGUCCUAGAUCUCAUCCGUCGUGAGGACGUGGCAGGAUGCGGCCUUCGUCUCGUUUGCGAAUUGGCCUCCAGCGAGGAAGAGGAACUGACUGUCGAGGAACUCUCCAUUCUCAAUAUUGUGGGACCGCCCGCACGCCCAGAGGAGCGAAUUUCAUCCGAGAAUGGUGUCAACGACUACCGAGUGGCGAAGAGCAUCGGCCUAGAAAGAGAAAACUGCACAAGGGCUUACUCGUUUUGCCCUCUCGAUGGUACGCAGCUCAGGGGUGCUAUUGUGGCACAUUUGCCGUAAAAUGACUAAUAGUUUAGAUACCUAAAUACAAUUCAUAAAAUUAAACUAACAGCAUAUUAAUAAGCAUAUUGUGCGUAAGUGUCACUGAAACCCGCUCAAGGUGAUGAUAAGCAUUGCUUACCUUUGCUUAAUUCGCUAGCUUUGGAAAGCAACCUUUGAACAGAAGUCUCACAGUAACUUGUUAAUAUGAAAUAUUUUAUCUAAAAGAUGAACCUUCUGUUAAACGUGAAAUAGUGCAUGUACGUGCAUAGACUUACGUAUGUGUGUGGGAAGAAAGGAAAUUCUAUAUCAUAUGAACCAUGAUUGCAAAAAGGCAUUGUGACUUUACUUGUUACCAACGUGAAUAAG